AUGAAAUUUAUUACCUUCCUGUUUGCCGCAGGAUUCUUAAUCUCUGUAAUUCAAGCAAGCAUAGAGACAACAAAACCUUUUCAAAGUAUCACUUGGGAGGGAGGUAAAAGUGAAAUAAUCCAAUGGAGAGAAAAUAAAGAAGUGCCUUUGCUGAAGAAUUUAAAGAAUGUAACCAUUCACUUAAUGGCUGGUGGAGAAAAUAAUCAAGUGGAAGUUAUAAUUAUUGCCCAAAAUGUCAAAGGAACAGCACUCGUACAUACAUUUAAUGUACCAACGAAUCUAGGACCCUCUGGAUCUUUUUACUUUCUUAAAUAUACAAGUCCAUUAAAUGCUACAUAUGCUGAUUUCUCGGGUUUUGUCACGAUCAAUGGAAUUAACGGUACUAUUAAAGGCUUCGAUCCACAAAAUCCACAAGCAACAGGUUCACCGACCACAACAGAUUCCACAGCAGUUCCAACACAAACACCUGAUAACGCAAAUAAUGGUGCAAUAAAUAAUGCAACGGAUGGUACAGUAAAUAAUGCACCAAGUAGUUCGAAUAGUGGUGCACCAAGUAGUUCUAAAAGCUCUUCUGCAAGUUCUUUUAAUUCACCCACUCCAAUAAGCAAAUCUGAAACUAGCAAUAGUAAAUUUGCAGGACCCAUUUUUCAAGAUAGAGAAAUCGCACAAAUUGAGUUUUCUACCGACAUUGCAGAUACGACCGAUAGUAUUGAAGAUAUGGACUUUAAUCCUGAAAAUCUUGUCGAUACUGUUUUAAGUGCUGAAUUUGAAAUUAAAUAA